AAAGCUCUCGGAGAAUGGCGAAAUGUCCCCCAUGACGACGGAUUAAGCCCAUCUCAAAUGCUCCUCGGGAGGAAACAGAGAGGAAUCUUGCCGAAUGUCAACGAUCUCGAACAAAAACUCCCGACGGAAAUCAAGAAGUCCUCGGAAGCCCGUCAAAGUGUCAAGAGAAGAAAACUAGAGAAAGCAAAUGAAAAAUUAAAAGAGCUGAAACCUCUUCAAGUUGGACAAGCAGUUACCAUCCAAAAUCCAACGACUCGCAGAUGGAAUGAGGAAGGAAUAAUCACCAGCGUAAGAAAGCAAGGUCGUUCCUACAUCAUAGAAACGCAGAACGGAUGGACGACCACCCGCAACAGAAAAUUCCUGAAGCCUUUACCAACGAUCUCGCAACGAUCAACAAGAAGAACAGAAACGUGA